AUGUCUUUUUUGCAAAAGGAAAUAUUUAAAAGAGGGAAUAGAAGUACUGCGUUAUCAGAACCAAUAAUAAAUGAAGAACAGGAGGAAGAAAAUGAAGACUCGAAGAAGGUAAUAAAAGAAGCUGAGAAAAGCGACAUUAGAACUUAUGACAUCCAGGGCAAGGCAGAAAAUCCAUUAUUUGUGUUUCAUCACGGUGCUGGAUAUUCUGGUUUAUCUUUUGCCUUAGCCGCUUUACAUAUUAAAAAUUUAACAAACAGUGAAUUUGCCAUAUUUGCGUAUGAUUGGAAAACGAAAACUUCUGAUGAUCUCAAUUUAUCAUUGGAUCAAUUAAGUCAGGAUUUAACAGAUGUUUUGAAAGCAGCUUUUGGAAAUGAUGUUAUAACAGACCGAGAAAUUUUCUUGGUGGGGCAUAGUAUGGGAGGUUGCGUUGUAGCAGAUGCAACAUCAAAACAAUUAAUACCUUCCGUGACUUGUAUGGCUGUGAUCGAUGUUGUUGAAGAAAUAGACCGAGUGAAUUCAAAACCGUAG